CCGCCACCCCUAGGCGCGCGCGGCCUUCCCCCCGCCCCGACCCCCCCACUCCUGGUUGCAGAGCGCACCCCCGCCCCCGACUGUGGGAAGGGGCCGGGCCAGCCGCCUGACGUCUGUGCGGGGUUCGGAAGAUGGCUGCGGAGCCCAGCACCGGGCAGUGGCUGCGGCGGCGGCGGCGGGCUGGGAGCGCGGCAGGCGGGGGCUCCGCCUAGCGCGUGGGGCGCUGAGCGGAGAGGCGCGGAGGCGACGAGGGCGUGCGGGGGGCUUGGGGGGGGCAGCUUGGCGUCGCCUCCCCGCCACCCGCCGCACCAUGGGCAGCGCGGAGGACGCAGUCAAAGAGAAACUGCUGUGGAACGUGAAAAAGGAGGUGAAGCAAAUCAUGGAGGAGGCUGUCACCAGGAAGUUUGUGCAUGAGGACAGCAGCCACAUCAUUGCUCUGUGUGGCUCAGGUGCUGGUUUUCUCUGCGGCUCAGGUGCAGUGGAGGCUUGCCUCCUACAUCAGCUGAGACGGCGUGCUGCCGGCUUCCUGCGCAGUGACAAGAUGGCCGCCCUGUUCACCAAGGUGGGGAAGACGUGCCCAGUGGCUGGGGAGAUUUGCCACAAGGUACAGGAGCUACAGCAACAAGUAGAGAGCAGGAAACCCUCAGCAGGCAACCAGGAUGCCCUGCGGAGACAGGGCUCUGCCGGCGGGAAGGCCCCAGCACUCAGCCUGCAGGCCUUAAAGCACAUAUGGGUGCGCACAGCACUCAUCGAGAAAGUGCUGGACAGGGUCAUGCAGUACCUGGUAGAGAACUGCAGCAAGUACUACGAGAAGGAGGCGUUACUGUCAGAUCCUGUGUUUGGCCCCAUCUUGGCCUCUCUUCUAGUGGGACCCUGUGCCUUGGAGUAUACCAAGCUCAAGACGGCUGAUCACUACUGGACUGACCCGUCCGCGGAUGAGCUGGUCCAGAGGCACCGUAUCCGGGGUCCCCCUAAUCGCCAGGACUCCCCUGCAAAGCGCCCAGCCCUCGGAAUCCGGAAGCGGCAUUCGAGUGGCAGCGCGGCAGAGGACAGGCUGGCUGCCUGUGCCCGUGAGUACGUGGAGUCCCUGCACCAGAAUUCAAGGACGCGGCUUCUCUACGGCAAGAACAACGUGCUGGUGCAGCCGAAGGAGGACAUGGAGGCCGUCCCUGGCUACCUCUCCCUGCACCAGGCUGCAGAGAGCCUAACUCUGAAGUGGACCCCCAACCAGCUCAUGAACGGGACUCUGGGGGACUCCGAGCUGGAGAAAAGCGUUUACUGGGACUAUGCCCUGGUUGUUCCCUUCAGUCAGAUCGUCUGCAUCCACUGCCACCAGCAAAAGAGUGGUGGCACGCUCGUGCUGGUGAGCCAGGAUGGCAUCCAGAGGCCCCCGCUGCACUUCCCACAGGGAGGCCACCUGCUUUCCUUUCUGUCCUGCCUGGAGAAUGGGCUGCUGCCCCGAGGACAGCUAGAGCCCCCGCUCUGGACCCAGCAGGGGAAGGGGAAAGUGUUCCCCAAGCUACGGAAACGCAACAGCAUGCGGACCAUGGAUAUGGAGGAGAUGGGCACCGGGCGGGCCACAGACUACGUGUUCCGCAUCAUUUACCCCGGCCACAGGCAUGAGCACAUCACUAUUAACUACCACCACCUAGCGGCCAGCCGCGCGGCCUCGGUGGACGAUGAUGAGGAAGAGGAGGAUAAACUGCACGCGAUGCUCUCAAUGAUCUGCUCGCGGAACCUCACAGCUCCCAAUCCGAUGAAAGAUGCUGGCGACAUGAUCGAAAUGCAGGGCUUCGGGCCCAGCCUGCCAGCCUGGCACCUGGAGUCCCUGUGCAGCCAGGGCUCCUGUCUCUUCUGCUCCACCCGCAGCUCCCCAUAUGCCACUCCCAGCCACUGCAGCUGUGUCCCCGACCGGUUGCCCCUCAGGCUGCUGUGUGAGAGCAUGAAGAGGCAGAUCGUGUCCCGGGCCUUCUAUGGCUGGCUGGCCUACUGCCGCCACCUGUCCACGGUACGGACCCAUCUGUCAGCGCUGGUGCAUCACAACAUCAUCCCUCCCACCCGGCCCCAGGGGGCCUCAGGGGGCCUCACCAAGGAUGUGUGGAGCAAAUAUCAGAAGGACGAAAAGAACUACAAGGAGCUGGAGCUGCUCCGGCAGGUUUACUACGGGGGCGUGGAGCACGAAAUCCGUAAGGACGUCUGGCCCUUUCUGCUUGGCCACUACAAGUUUGGCAUGAGCAAGAAAGAGAUGGAGCAGGUGGACUCAGCUGUGGCAGCAAGGUACAAGAGGGUGCUGGCCGAGUGGAAGGCCUGCGAGGCGGUGGUGAGGCAGCGGGAGCGGGAGGCCCAGCCAGCCACGCUCACCAAGUUCUCCUCAGGCAGCAGCAUCGACAGCCACGUUCAGCGCCUCGUCCACCGAGAUUCCACCAUCAGCAAUGACGUAUUUCUCUCUGUGGAUGACCUGGAGCCCCCACAGCCCCCAGGCACUGAAGAUUGCAGACCGGAGCCCGCACAGGAGCUAGGAGCAGGGCCCCUGGGCACCGCCGUGGUAGGACGGCAGCAGUCCGUGGAGUUUGACUCUCCGGACUCAGGACUGCCAUCCUCUCGCAAUUACUCCGUGGCCUCGGGCAUCCAGUCAAGCAUAGACGAGACGCAGAGCGUGGGCUUUGAAGAGGAGGAUGGCGGUGGGGAGGAAGACUCCAGCAGGCUGGGCCCAGCAGCCGGUGCUUUCUCGGAGCCCCCAGAUCCCAGCCAGCAGAAGGCCUCGAGGGCUAGCGAGCCGGAGGCAGGGGAGGAGCUGGCGGCCGUGUGUGCUACUGCCUACACUAUAGAAUUACUGGAUACUAUGGCCUUAAACCUGCACCGCAUUGACAAAGAUGUGCAGCGCUGUGACCGCAAUUACUGGUACUUCACGCCCCCCAACCUGGAGAGGCUCAGAGACGUCAUGUGCAGCUACGUGUGGGAGCACCUGGACGUGGGCUAUGUGCAGGGAAUGUGUGACCUGCUUGCACCGCUCCUGGUCGUCCUGGACAACGAUCAGCUGGCCUAUAGCUGUUUCAGCCACCACAUGAAGCGGAUGAGCCAGAACUUCCCCAAUGGGGGUGCCAUGGACACCCACUUUGCCAACAUGCGUUCCCUCAUCCAGAUCCUGGACUCAGAGCUAUUUGAGCUGAUGCACCAGAAUGGAGACUACACCCACUUUUACUUCUGUUACCGCUGGUUCUUGCUGGAUUUUAAGAGAGAGCUGCUCUACGAGGACGUGUUCGCUGUGUGGGAGGUGAUCUGGGCAGCCCGGCACAUCUCAUCAGAGCACUUUGUCCUGUUCAUCGCCCUGGCCCUGGUGGAGGCCUACCGCGAGAUCGUCCGCGACAACAACAUGGACUUCACCGACGUCAUCAGGUUCUUCAAUGAACGGGCCGAGCAUCACAACGCCCAGGAGAUCCUGCAGAUUGCCCGGGAGCUCGUCCACAAGGUGCAGAUGCUCAUAGAGAACAAGUAAUGGCUGCAGCCGGGAAGGGGCGGCCGACUAGAGCCCGGGCUCCGGGCCCAAGCACAGGGUGGGGAGUGGGGCAGCGGCACUGAGACUGCCAGACCCCCAGCCAGCCCUGCCUGCCCACUCGCUUUCCUAACAAAGUGCUUGUGAGCCUGG